UGAAUAUUUUCACGAUCUGGGAACACGAUCGAAGUUGAAAGCGAAGCGGUUUACGAGGUCGGGGGAAUUAUUUAAAGAUGCGUAAGUGUAACGAAUGAAACGAGGGCCUCGGAAAAAGGGGAACGCUGAAUAUUUCACGUCGGAAUAUACGAGAUCGCUGGAACCGUAAUUCGGGUCGAGAGCAAUUGCGAAAAUUUCGUGUUUAAGCUACAGAAAUAUUAGCCGCGACGUUGCGUGGCACACAUACCUCCUCUUGUAUGCAUGCGUACACGUGUACAUUAAAAGUUAAGUUGAAGACGUAAACAAAGUACGUUUUUCAUAUUCGCGAUAGGAAAGUCCAGGGAGAACGCGCAAUAGGAAAUAUGCCGUCAUACCAUUUAUACAAAAAUGUUAACGUGCAGUUAUAUAUUUACUCAUCGAACGUUACUAAACUAUCGUUUCCGUUCCUAUCAAUUCCUAACGGAAACCGCAUUCGAGCACCGCCCGUUGAGAGUCGCUGACAUUGGAAAAUUCGCAUCUGCGCGUAGUUUCAUCCGGGCUGCAUAUGCCUACUGUAUUUGCGAAUAAAAGUGUGGGAAAACGUGUACUCGUUUUCAAAGAGUGUAAGCGAGGGAGUAACGAGGGGAAACUUUGAAAAAGACUCGGGCUCGCGUUCCAUUACUUUCAAUCGAGGUGAACGAAAGAGAGGUAGAGAAGUAAAAGAAAACAGGGAAGAGAAAGAUUCGUUAUCUUUUCUGCUCUCGUAACGCGACACAGCGCGGGAUUUGACGGGAUUGUCACUGUCAAGAUAGCCAAAUCGCGGUACGUCGUCGGCCGACAGUUUUUGGCAGCCGUUCGGCCCUCGGAACUGUUCGAGGUUUCGCGGUGACGAUUCCGUUUCGAAAUUAAUGUCGUGGCUCGCCGUGAGCAGAAGGGAGAGGCCAAGCUCGGCGAGAAGGUGAAAGUGAGGAUCGUUCGUAGACAUAACCUGUGACCGAGCUGUAUGCACGGUUACCGAGGAAUUCGUCGAAUUCACGGGGUUGCGACACCGUUUCUCGAGAACUCGUUGACAUGAUCCUACCGAAGUGUUGCAUUCUCGAUAAAUGAUCUGCCAAAAACGGGAGUGGGAACGGGAAAAUAUGGAGACCUGCAACGAAGGAGGCGACCGGAGUCCGUCUGAGAUCGCGAUAACCCAUAGGAGUUGGUCAGAAUUGAGAGGCGUUGUCAGCGAUCUACGGAGAGAAUUAUCCGGAGUAUCGGUCGGUUCUGUGCCCGGAUCUAUAACGUUUCGAUCUUUACCAGAUGGACGGACCAGAAUAUAUUUUCUUAGUAGCCCGAGUAACGGAUGGGAGACCACAUUGCUUUACGUGGACAUCUCGCAUUCUGAUCAUGCUAACGGAUAUCGUCUUCAUUGGCAACCGAUCAUAGAAGCAAAUUUUCAAACGGUUUCUAGUACCAAACGAUUAUCGAGAGAAGAACAGUUAUUGUGGGAAAGGAAAAGAUUAGCUACGUGGGGCAUUACUAGUUAUGAGAUUCAUUUAGAUAGUGGGAAGUUGGUUUUUCCAGCUGCGAGCAGCCUUUAUCAAUGUAUAGAUACAGGAUUUAUGGCUGGACCUCUUUUUCCAUCUGAGAUUCGUAUGUCAACGUCUGGUGCGAAAUUAUCUCCUCAAAUUUGUCCGUGGAAUAAUGCAUUAAUCGCUCACACGUGUUCGGGCGAUUUGUAUUUAUCCCAUAGCAUCACGGGUUCCUCUGUCAGAUUGACUCACGCAAGGAAAGGCGGUAAAAGUCUAGCGAACGAUCCUCUUACCGCUGGAACUCCGUCUUACGUGAUGCAAGAAGAGUUUACCAGGUAUACCGGGUAUUGGUGGCAACCAAAAUCCAAGGACGGUAUUUAUAGAAUAGUGUACGAAGAGAUCGAUGAGAGCGACGUAAAAAUAUUUUGUUUCCCUUCGACGUUGAAUUCCGAGGAAAUCGACGAGUUCAGAUUUCCCAGGGCUGGUACACCGAACGCUAGAAGUAAUCUCAAGAUGGUGCAAUUCCGAUUGACCGAAACAUUACAAAUCGUUGAUACUGAAAUUUUGGAACUCCAAUAUCCGUUGCACGUCAUGUUUCCGUGGAUGGAGUACAUGGUAAGGGUCGGAUGGACACCCGACGCUCAAUAUGUUUGGGUGCAACUGUUGGACAGAAAACAGCAAAGACUCGAAUUAGUUUUAUUGUCUGUGGAUAAUUUUUGCGAACCACCGCCUAACGUUUAUAAUUCGGAAAAUCAUUUCACGCCAUCGUCGGCAAGCGUUCAGGUGAUAUAUUCCGAACAGAGCUCGAUCUGGAUCAACGUUAACGACCUCCUCUACUUUUUACCGUCCGAUGAUUCGGCCGAAGUGAAGUUUCUCUGGGGUAGCGAGGAAUCCGAUUUCAGGCACCUUUAUUUAAUAACGUCCAACAUAGCGGGUCUGAAUAAUGAAGUUGAAGAACCUUUAGAUAAAAUGGAUAGUAUGUUCUUGCAACCUCGAGUCACUUCGAAAGUAGCGUUGACCCAAGGAGACUGGGAAGUAUUGGGGAAAAAAUUAUGGGUGGACGAAAUGAACUCGAUCGUUUACUUUUGUGCUUUGCGCGAAGGUCCAUUAGAACAGCACGUAUAUGCUGUGUCGCUUCGACGACCGCUAGAAAUAAGAUUACUCACGAGACCAGGCUACAGUCACAAUAGUAUAUAUUUUAAUAAAGAGUGCACGAUGCUGGUGACCGUCUACAGCUCUAUCAAAACUCUACCCACUUGUCAGGUCUUUAAAAUAUCGCAAUCAGAUUGGACAGUGGAAAGUAUUUCUCUGACUCCCGUCGGUUAUCUGUUAGAACCAUCCGUCCCUGAAUCAGAAUUAUUCGCUCCGGAAAUUUAUACGCAUAAGAUAUCGUCCGGAGAUACGAUUUACUCGAUGAUCUUUAAACCUCAUAAUUUUCAACCUGGUGUAAAAUAUCCUACGAUAUUGAACGUAUAUGGCGGACCCGAAGUGCAAUUAGUAUCAAACACGUUCAAGGGAAUGAGGCAUUUAAGGAUGCAUAUGUUGGCUGCUCAAGGUUAUUGCGUGGUGCUAAUCGAUUCUCGUGGCUCGCAUCACAGAGGCUUAAUAUUUGAGAGUCAUUUACAACAUAGAAUGGGAUCCGUCGAAUUGGACGAUCAGGUCGAAGUACUAAAAUGGUUAGCGGAGACUACUGGUUACAUCGAUUUAAAUCGUGUGGCGAUACACGGUUGGUCUUACGGAGGAUAUCUAAGUCUAAUGGGCCUCAUACAACAUCCAGAAAUAUUCAAGUUAGCCAUUGCUGGUGCACCAGUCACUUCUUGGAAUUUUUACGAUACUGGAUAUACCGAACGGUAUAUGGACUUGCCUCAAAACAAUCCUCACGGAUACAUGUCUGGAUCGGUUUUGACGUACGUGGACAAAUUCCCGGACGAGGAAAAUAGAUUGUUGAUUAUUCACGGACUCAUAGACGAGAAUGUACACUUUUUCCAUACGAGCCAAUUGAUCAAUGCCCUCGUAAAGUCUGGGAAACCAUAUCAGCUACAAGUUUAUCCUAACGAAAGACACAGUCUCAGAAGUCUGGACGCUAGUAAACACUACGAAACUACGUUACUGUCAUUCUUGCAAAAUCAUUUAUAA